UUUAUACACAAGCAAACACAGACUCAAUUUCGAGUUGACUUUUCGGAACGCAGCAAAUAAUUGUAAAAUUUACGCUUCAUAUAUUGAAAAUAUUGGAACUUUAUUAAGUUAACAAGAUGGGCAAAGGUUUUAACAAUUACAUGUGCAAGAAAUUCUUCCAUCCCGCCUCCAGGGAUAAUCUCAAACGGGUUUGGAUGGCGGAGCAGCAGGCUGAGGCAUACAAAAAGAAACAGGAGGAGCUUCGCACACAGUACGAGAAGGAGCAGAAUCUGCACGAGAACAAGGCGAUGCUCAGCAAAGACAGCAAGGACAAGCUGAGUGUCAAUUUUAUGUACGAACCGCCGCCAGGUGUGCGCAAGGAGCGUGAAAGGGAUGACGAUGAACCCGAAUACAAAUUCGAAUGGCAGCGCAAAUAUAAUGCACCACGUGAAUCCUACUGCAAAGGCGACACCGAAAUCCGAGAUCAACCAUUUGGCAUUCAGGUGCGCAACGUUCGCUGCCUCAAGUGCCACAAAUGGGGGCACAUCAAUACUGACAAGGAGUGCAGCAUGUAUAGCAUCUCGAUGAGUGAGGCACGCAAACUGCACUCCGAAUCGGAAGCCAACGAUAUCAUGUCCAAGAACGUGCUCGAAGAGCAAAUGAAGGAGGAUGGCCUAAUGAUGAAGCGUUCGGCGUUGGAGCUGCAGAGCAUCAAGGAUGUGCAACAGCGCCAUCAACUUGUGCCUAGCGACGAUGAGGAGGAGGCCACACGUGCCGCCCAUCAACAGAAUCCGGAGCUGCUCUUCCUUAAAUCGCUCAGCAAGAAACAGAAACUGAAGCUGCUCAAGAAACUCGAGAAAAUUGAGCGCAUGAAGAAAAAAUCAUCCAAGCUGAGCAAAAAGAAAAAAUCCAAAAAGGACAGCAAAGACAAGUCGAAAGACUCUUCAGUCAGCUCCUCCGGCUCCUCAUCAGACUCAGACAGCGAUUUGGGUGACCAAAAGAAACGCCAGAAAAGCAAAUCCAAACUCAAUGGUCAUCAUCAUCAUCAGGAGAGAUCUCGUUCGGAACGAGAUCAUCGUCCGAGGGAAACCACAAGCCGACGACAUCAAAUUGACACACCAACUGCCGAGGGGCGGCACAAAGCCGGCCGAAACAAUGGUCAUCGAGACAGAUCAAGGAGCGCUCAGCGCGACGAGCGUUCCAGGCGUCGCAGUCCGGACAAUCAUCGCCAGCGGGAACACAAAAAGCGCGAAAGACGCUAAAAUUUCUUUUUAUGCAUUUUACAUUUUUAUAAUCGCUGCUGUUGUAAAAUCAAUAUAAACUUUUUAUAAAUGAAGAUUCUUUGUUAAACUAUAAACGCAAUUUAGAAAAGAAAGA